CAUUUAUAAUGUCAAAAAGUACAUACAACUGAUACAACUUGUAAUAUCGCUCCACCACGUGAAUUUAUAACAAUUUUGUAAGAAAAGUAGACUAAAACUAACAACAAUGAAAGUAUUAUCUGAAGAUAGAACGCGCAUUCUUUUUGAGAAGCUGACAAAAUAUAUUGGAGUGAAUGUGAAACUACUUAUAGAUAGGCCCGACGGGACCUACUGCUUCCGAGAGAAGAAGGAUCGUGUUUAUUACAUUUCUGAGCGUUUGCUACAACUAGCACAAACAGUCAAGCCUGAGAACCUAGUAUCAGCUGGCACUUGCUUCGGAAAAUUCACGAAAACUAACAAGUUCCGACUCCAUAUAACUGCGUUGACGUACAUAGCACCGUACGCCCCGCACAAGAUUUGGGUGAAGCCUUCGGCAGAGCAACAGUUUUUGUAUGGACAUCAUGUCAUUAAAAGUGGCUUGGGCCGUAUCACCGAAAACACACCGAAGCACCAAGGAGUUGUGAUCUACUCAAUGUCAGACCUUCCCCUCGGCUUCGGAGUAGCGGCACGAACCACCACUGAGUGCAGAAAUGCAGACCCUCUAGCUACCAUCGCAUUCCACCAGGCAGACAUCGGGGAAUACAUUCGAUCAGAAGACACACUAACAUAAAAUAAAGCUAAUAAAUGGUUAAGUAAGUUAAUAUUAA